AUGUAUUGUGUCAAUUCGCACUUUAAUUUGAUUUGUUUCGGUCAUCCACAUUUUCGGAUUUCAGUUGUAGAUGGUCAAAUUAACGGCGGACAAAAUGUGCAACCAGGAUUGCACAGUGAAGGACAUUCUCCGGAUGUCAACGAACUGCAAGGCAUGCAAUACGCAGGAAGCGCUCUCCAGCACCAGAGUCCGCAAUACCAACCAAUUGGCCACUAUCCAAACUAUGUCCAGAAUAGCCAGUCAACGUAUGAGCCUUCUACAAACAUGAAUAGUCAGAAUCAAUACAAUCCGAGCUUUCCAUACGGAACCACGCAGAAUCGUGCCGCUUAUGGCGUUCAAGAACAACAAAUGGGCCAAAAUCAGUACCCCUAUGGAUUACGAGGCCAAACCUAUCCAUAUAAUCAGCGUGUUGGUCUCCAGUAUGAUCAACCAACUAACCAGAAUCAAACGGAAAUGUUUCAGUCAGGAAUGUAUGGAAAUCAACCGAACAUGUACGGGCAGAAUGGGAACGGAUACAUCACUGAGAAUGGCCAACAACGCCAGGCGACGCAACAAGAUCUUGAAAAAGUCGACCUGUUUAAGAAAUACAUCAACGAAUUUAUGACGCAAAUGGGCGACUGGCACAAUACGAUGUUCAAGGCUAUCCCAUUCAAUCAAGGGCCGAGCUUCCCAAAUUUUGCCAACAUGCCCAGAGUACCUCAGGCACCUUGUCUAUGCAGUCCAGAGAACUGUGGCUCAGUGCAACAGAACAGCGUAUAUGAUGCAACCAAUCAGUACAUUGAGCAAAGGAAUGCUUACCAGCAGAAUGGAACUCCAUAA